AGACGCCAUGCCACCUUGCUGCACGAUGCUUCGGGCUCUGCUGAUCAGUUCCCUCCUUGUCCUGCUCUGGGUGUCCCCAGGCCAGGCCCAGGUCCCCAUCCAGGCCAACUUUGAUGCUAGCCAGGGCACCUGGUACAUGGUCAGGGUGGUGUCAGAUGACCAGGACUUCCUGGACUCCAAGGACACCAUGAAGAUGCCUGUGGUCUUAGUGACCCCCUUGGAGAACAGUGACCUGGCCCUCAAGUUUGGAUAUCCCAUCAGGAGCGUCCCCACCUCUAAGGUCAUCCUAAAGUCCCAUGUUCUCUAAGGAUUGUGAAGGUGAACAGGGGACCCUGGGCUCAGAGACAGCAAGGUAGGCUCUGGGCCUGGGCGCUGGGCAGGGGUGGCCACUCAGGGGACUGGGGCUCCUCCUCCCCAGGUCCGAUGGCGGGUGCCAGGAAAUGGGCACAACCUUCACCAAGGGUGCUGUAGGGGGCAAUUCAGCAACCCAGGUAAGGUGGGGUGGCAGGCAGGGCUGUGGGGUGGGGACCCUGGGGGUUGUUCGGGCUGCUGGGUUGGCACCUGGGGCCAGGGCAUGAGGGGUGCCACGCUGGGGGGAUGUGCCCUGGGCCUGGGGUCACCGGCUCUGGCUCCUCCAGCCAUGGCGCUGACUGAUAUCCGAGUGGCCUUCUCCAACUACCAGCACUUUGCCUUGCUGUACUUGGAGACGCGGAAAGGGGGCCUGCAGAACCAGUGACUACAGCUCUACGGUGGGCGGGCUGCGGGGCGGAGGCCCAGACACCCUCCAGCCUGGGGUCUGGAAUGUCCCCCCUGUGCCUGCACCAGUGCCUUCUGCACGGGGAAGGCGGGGAAGGCGGAACCGCUGGCUCCCGGUGUCUGUGACCGCGGGUCCCGGCCUCUCCCCGCCCCUCUCACCCCUCCCUGCCCCUCUCGCCCUCUCUUCGCCCCUCCAACCCCUUCCCCUUAGCUCACCCGCCCUCCCCACCUUCAGCUCCAGCCCCGGAGCUGUUUCCGGAAGGCGCCCAGAAGAUGCAGCUACUGGCGCCCCAAGUGGGCCUGAGCCCCAGCCAGGGCGUCCUGCUGCGGAAGUUGGGUGAGCGGUGCCCGCAGGCCUGCUGGGAGGGCCAGGGUCCGGGUCACACCCCUGCUGGGAGGGCCAGGCCCUAGUCAUUCCACUGAUUUCAGAUUCGGGACAGAAGUGCUGGGGGCAGACCCAGCCUGUCCCGGUCGGGGGAGGGUGAGACAGGGCAGUGUUCCCAGGAGGAGAUCCCGUUGGGGCAGGUCGGGGGCCUCCGUCCCAAGGAAGAGGGCGCCAGGGGGGCGCCUCAGGCCCACUCUCUCUGCAGAUCAGUGUGCGGGCGCGCUCUCCCGGGUGAGUAGACCACGGCCAUGUGGAGCCACGGACGAUGGGCCCUCCUAGGGCCGUGGGCUGCACCGUGGGGCCCUCUACCUUCGGGACAGCUGGGGGCGAGAGCCGGCGUGAUGGGGCAUCCGGGCGGAUCCGAGCGGCAGCAGCCUGGGGAACCACGGGGCUGCGCGUCGGGAGGGGCGGAGGCAAGGGACGCCCCCCACCUGCUCCUUGUUUUGCGGUGAGGGGUCCAGCCCCUGAGUGCCUGCAGGGGUCAGCUGCUCCGUGCGCCCAGCCCUCCCCAAAAAGCCCCUCUCUCCACACCUUGGCCCCAAGCGCAAUAAACCCCCUGAGUGCC